ACCCCGCGAUGGCCCCCCUCCUGCGCGUGCUCCUCCUCGCUCACCUGGUGUCGCAAGCUGCCCCCCAGACAGAGCCAAUCACCUUCCUCCUGGAGAACAAGACGGGUGGCCAAUGCCUGACCGUGCAGAGUCGAGCGCUGAAGUGGGUGCCGUGUGACCCCAAGGUCACGGGACAGCACUGGCUCUGGGGCUCCACCGAGAACCUCAUAAGCGCGUCCCAGACCCCCGAGGAUCGAGGCCUCUGCCUCACCGCCACGGCGCUCAAGAAGAGCGCGGCUGUGUCGGUGGAGCGGUGCUCUGUGGCCCAGGAGAGCCAGCAGCAGUGGCAGUGUCGCGACAGCGAGCUGAUGGCGGCCAAAAAGCACGUGCUGUCCGUGACGAUGCAGAACGGGCAGCUGGUCCUGGGCCGCACGGGGGGCGUCAGCUGGAGGAUCCACGGCUCGGAGCAGACUCCCUGCAGCGUCCAGCAUCAACCGGUGUCCACGCUGUUCGGCACGGGCAAAGGGCAGCCCUGCCACCUGCCCUACCGGUACAAAGGCAAGUGGUACGUGGGCUGCACAACCGAGGACAACGGCAAGCUGCCGUGGUGCGCCACGACGCUCGAGUACGACCAGGACAAGCUGUGGGGAAACUGUCCGACGGCGUUGCCCGCAGAGGACGACGGCUGUCCGCAGCUCUGGAAGCUGGAGGCGGCGUCGCGCGCGUGCGUGCAGGUGAACGAGGGCGCGCGCCUCACCUGGCACGAGGCACGCGCCAGCUGUGUUCUGCAGGGCUCCGAGCUAUUGAGUGUCGAGGGGGAGUGCGAGGCCAUGUACUUCGCCGGGGCGAUGCUGGGGAAGGAAUCCCUCUUCUGGAUGGGGCUCAACCGCCUCAACGCGGCCGGCGCGUGGCAGUGGAGCGACGGCCGAGCGCUGACGCGCGUGCACUGGGAGUCGGAGCCGCCCACGAGUGACGAGGAGGGGAGUUGCGUGGUGAUGAACCCGGAGUCGCACGGCUUGUGGAAGGUGGUGCGCUGCACGGAGAAGCUGCCCUACGUCUGCUACCAGCGCCUGCCCGAAGCAGCGACCAACGCCACCGCGCCCAGCCUCCCACCCCCUGUUCUCGCCAACGCCACGUGCCCGCGCGGCUGGAGCGCGCACGGAGCCGCGUGCUUCCGCGCGCAGCCGACGGUGCUCGUCACGUGGCACGAGGCGCGUGCCGCGUGCGUGCGCGACGGCGCCGAGCUCGCGCGCCUGAGCAACGAGGACGAGCACGACUUCGUGAGCACGCGACUCGCGCCUGAGGACGACUCCUUGCUGUGGAUCGGCCUGAGUGCGUCGGGCCCUGGUGCUGCGUUCGCUUGGUCCGACGGGAGCCCCGUGACCCUCACGGUCUGGGACCGCUCCCAACCCAGCCGCGGAGACCGCUCGCCCGCCACCUGCGUCUACCUGUCGGAACAGAGCCGCCGCUGGAGCGACGCGCCGUGCAACCUCCCCAGGGGCUACGUCUGCAGGAGGCCGAUCAUCCCGGACGGCGUGCGCCCCACGGACAGCCCCAAUUGCCAGCCGGGCUGGGUGAUGGGCCCCCACUCGUGUUACUGGGUGGGGGCAGAGAAGGCGGAGUCAUUCACCGGCGCCUUCAACGUGUGCCGUCGUCACAACGCAACGCUGGUUUCCAUCACGAGCAGCUUCGAGCAGGGCUUUGUGCACAGCCUGCUGGGGGACGCGGCCGUGGGGGCCGCGGCGGCGCCCGGGGCCCACGCGUGGCUCGGCCUGCGCGACGCGCGGAGCCCCGGCGCGUUCCACUGGGAGAGCGGAGAGGCGCUCACCUACACGCUCUGGGACCACUCGCAGCCAGGCGGUGACACGGGCUGCGUGACGAUGGACCCGGUGGGGGGCCGCUGGAGCGUGCGGAACUGCUCGGCCUUCCCCGCGCGCUUCGUGUGCGAAGAGAAACUCCGGGGCGACACGGAGGAGGAGGAGGAGGAGGGGCAGUCCCCGCCGACCCCCACGACCACGGGCACCGCGCCCCUCCACUGCGCCGAGGGGUGGCGCUCCAAGGACGACCUCCCCUUCUGCUACCAGGUGAACCGCAUGGCGCAGGACGUCCGCCAGACGUGGCGGGUGGCGCUGGAGCACUGCCGCGUGCAGGGCGCCGAGCUGCUCAGCGUCCAUUCCACGGAGGAGCACAGCUUCGUGGACGACCUCGUGGAGGAUUCGAACAGUAAGCGCUCGAUCAGCGACUUCAUCCACAUGUACAGCUACGAGUACACGGAUGAGAGCGACUCCCCCUCGGACCCCGGGGCCUUCUGGGUGGGCGCCAACCAGCUGGACCCCGACGAGAGCAACAUGUGGAGCGACGGCUCGCCCGUGGACCGCCAGUUCGUGCGCUUCCACCCGAUCGAGUCGGAUGGCCAGUGUGGCACGGUGGAGAACUCGUACGUGACCCUGUGGAGGAUGGAGCCGUGCGACCUGUUCAGGAGCUGGAUCUGCAAGGUCGCCAAAGGAAAACGUUUAAAUCCGAUGUCAAAUGACAUGUUCCACAAAGAGAACAUGACGGCGGACGGGUGGUACGCGCUGGGCACGCGCGACAUCUUCUACAGCCGCAACCAGACCGCGACGUUCGCCGAGGCUCGGCGCAAGUGCGCGCUCGGAGGGGGCGACCUGGCCAUGCCGCGCAGCGAGCAGGAGCAGCGGGAGCUGCUGCGCAUCACAUCCAAGUACGACCUCCAAGAAAUAUGGAUUGGUCUUCAGAUGAAUAAAGGAGUGUUUGGGUGGGUCGACGGCUCGCCGCUGAACCACACAAACUGGUCGCCCUACGAGCCCAACAACUACGCCCUGGAGGAGUACUGUGGCAGCAUGAGCUCGCAGAUUGGGAACUGGAACGAUCGCAACUGCGGGGCGCGCCUCUUGUACGUUUGCCAGCGUGGGAACGGCACCACCCCCAUGGCCACCCCAGCCCCCACCGCCCCCUCCACGGGGGGAUGCCCCCGCAAGUGGCUCCUCUUUGGCAGCAAGUGCUAUUUGAUCCGGGCAUCCAACUCAUCGGAGUACGUCAACUGGGACUCGGCCAACCUCAUCUGCCACAGCCGAGGAGGACACCUCGUCACCGUGCAGUCCCCCCUCGAGCAAGCCUUCCUGCUCAGCCACAUGGUGCCGAAUGCAAACGGGCACCUCUACAUCGGCCUCACGGACCGCAACAAGAUGGACGAGUACCUGUGGACCGAGAACCUGCCGCUCUCCUUCAGCAACUGGGCGGUCGGACAGCCCUCGCAGACUUACUCGCACGACUGCGUGGGCAUGGACCCGUUCACAGGGAAGUGGUUCACCACCUCGUGCUUUGAGCUCAGUGGCUUCAUCUGCCAGAAGUUCCGAGACCCGCUGUUCCUGCCCCCCCCCGCCACGCCGGCCCCCCGGCAGCGCGACUUUGGGGGGCUGAGCUACUGGGUGGUGGCGGGGGAGCGCGUGGCGUGGGCACGUGCCGCGGAGGUGUGCGCCGCGGAGGGCGCGGUGCUGCCCCACGUGAUGGACCCCACGCACCACGCGUUCCUCACCGUGCUCGCCAGCCGCGUCAGGGAGCCCGUCUGGCUCGGACUGCACGCACACGGCAACAAGACCGAGGAGGCCCGCUCGCGGUUCGCGUGGGCCAGCGGGGAGCGCCUCUGGUACGAGGAGUGGGCGCCCGCAGAGCCCCGGUUUGGCAGGGACUGUGCCGUCAUCUCCCUCAACGGCAGCUGGGCGAGCGAGGAGUGCGACGCCACUCGGCGCGUCGUGUGCCAGUCCUUGUCCGCUGAGCGCACGCCCGAGCACGGCACGUGCCCCGAGGACCCGUCGGGCACCAGCUGGGUCGCCUUCCGUGGACACUGCUACUCGAUCCACACGGACAGCCCCAAGUCCUGGUCGCUCGCCGUGCGCCACUGCAUGGGGCUGAACUCCUCCAUGGUGAGCAUCCACGACAUGGAAGAGAACAAGUUCUUGGUGAAGAUGUCCGUGAUGGCCGAUCCUCAGAGCCAGGGGCUCUGGACGGGCCUCUUCAAGUUGGAGACCGCUCACGUUCCAGCCAACCUCUACUGGCAGGACGAGAGCCCCGUGUCGUUCACCAACUGGAACUGGGGGGAGCCCAACACCGCGAUGGAGCGCUGCGUUGAGCUGCUGGCGGGCGGCCGAUGGAAUGACAGAUCCUGCUCCUACGUGCUGCCCUACGUGUGCAAGAAGCCGCAGGUGAGCGUCUGGGCGGCUCAAGCGUCAGAGGGCGCGGUGGCUCCCGCGGGCAUUGCGGCCAUCGUGGUGUGUCUGCUGCUGCUCGUGGUGGCCGGGCUGUGCGCGCUGGCGGUGCGCGCGUCGCACACACGCGGCCUCUGGGCGCUGCCGUGCGUCCCCUACAGCGGGGUCAUGUUCGCCGCGUCGCGCGACAGCACCACGGACAGCGGUCCCAAGAUGCUCAUCAACGACGACGAAUGCAACGAGCAGCUCUGAGACG